GGUUAAAAUGUCCAAACGUAUUGAUCAAGCAUAAAGCAGUGUUGCGCAAAUAUAUGAUGUCAAUGCUAACGUCAUUACCACUUCCUACAAGUAUCCAGACCAUCUUCAAUGAUUCAGGAAACUCAUUUCCUCAUCUUCUGCAACUCCAAUGGCUUCCAAAGAUCUUCACUUCGUCUUGAUUCCUCUAAUGCAGCAAGGCCACAUGAUACCCAUGGUGGACAUUGCUCGAAUCCUAGCCCACCGCCACGCCACCGUCACUAUUAUCACAACUCCAGUCAACGCCAAUCGUUUCCGGUCAGCCAUCGCCCGGGCAAUCGAAGCUAAUCUCAAGAUCCAAGUGCUCGAGCUCCAACUCUCAUUAUCUGAAGUUGGAUUGCCAGAAGGAUGCGAAAAUUUCGACAUGAUUCCUUCAUUCGAUCUCUUUGUCAAAAUGUACGCCGCCAUGGACAUGCUAGAACAACCGACGGAAAACCUUCUCCGACGACUAACUCCCGCUCCAAGCUGCAUCAUCUCCGACAACCAAUUCCCAUGGACAACCGAUUUAGCUCAAAGGUUAGGUAUUCCAAGACUCGUUUUCCAUGGACCUGGAUGCUUCACGUUCUUAUGCUUACACAUUGUAAUGAAUACCAAUAUACUAAACGAAGUCGAAUCCGACUCCGAUUACUUCAUCAUACCCGGAAUCACCGACCGGAUUCAAGUUACAAAAGCACAGGCUUCAAGUUGGGGGAAAAGAGAGACGAAGGAGAUGGUGGAUUUCUUUCAACGAAUGGAAGUUGCAGAAGAAGCUGCAGAUGGAAUUGUGGUUAACAGUUUCGAGGAGUUGGAGCCUAACUACGUUGAAGAACUCUCAAAGGCAAAAAAGAAAAAAGUAUGGUGUAUAGGCCCUGUUUCUUUACAUAACAGAAGCUUCCUUGAUUUAGCUGAGAGAGGAAACAAAGCUGGAAUCGAUGAACACGAUUGCUUAAAGUGGCUUGACACGAAAGAACAAGGAUCUGUAAUCUUUGUUUGUUUAGGAAGUAUGUCAAGCAUUACCACAGAGCAAAUGUUUGAGAUUGGGUUAGGAUUGGAGUUAUCAAAAGUAAGCUUUAUUUGGUGUAUAAGAAACACAACAGAGGAAUCGGAAAGAUGGUUAUCAGAAGGAUAUGAAGAGAGAGUAAAAGGUAGAGGUUUAAUUAUCCGUGGUUGGGCCCCACAAGUGUUGAUAUUGUCCCAUAUAGCCGUUGGUGGUUUUGUAACACAUUGUGGUUGGAACUCGACUCUUGAAGGUGUUUCUGCUGGGAUUCCGAUGAUUACGUGGCCACAAUUUGCGGAUCAGUUUUUGAAUGAAAGAUUUAUUGUAGAUGUGUUGAAAGUUGGAGUGAGUGUAAACAUUGAGGUUGGAGAGAAAGAUAAGUUGGUGAAGAAGGAAAACAUAAAGUUGUGUGUUGAAAUGGUAAUGGAGAAAGAAAGAGAAGGAGAAGUAAGAAGAAAGAGAGCUAGAGAAUUUGGAGAAAUGGCGAAGAGAGCUAUGGAAGAAGAUGCUCAGGUGAAGCGAAAGGACUAGGGUUGAAUUCGGGCGGGAGUUGUGCUCUGGUUAUCUCAAUACGAUCAGGUAAUCCAGGGAGAACGAAAGGUUCUGAGUCAGGCAAAUCAUCGAGCACCUUGGAGGCGUAAAGAUAAUGAGUACACACCUGUUUGAAGCAACUCAUACCAUCAAAUAUGAUUCUGGGUAUUUGAUAUUUGAUCGCGGUAUCCGCAGUCCAGAGCAUGUAUUUAUCGGAUAUAAUACAGCUAGGCCGAGGCUCCAGAGAAUCAAAACGUUGUUCGAGUCUUUCUUGUAACAUGUCAACUGCAACGGAAAAGUUUGGGAGUAGAUGUAGACCAGGUAAAGCAUCGGCGCUUUCGCAUCCCUCCGGUAGUCCAGCCUCAGCCGCCGGAAAUGGGAGUUCAAGGAAACGCACGGGGAGUCCGGAGUUGAUGUGGUCUUGAAGGGUAGGGCUGUAUCGAAUGGCGUUGAUGGGUGUGGUGACAAUGGUGACCUUGACAUUGGAUCGCUGUGCAAGCAGUUUGGCGAUGUCGAUCAUGGGGAUGGUGUGGCCAGGGGCUAGUAAGGGAAUCAAGAGGAAGUGAAGCUGGUUGAUGGAUUCCGAAGCCAUUGUCCAAUUCUCAUGAAGAUGGAGGAUUGAUGAAGUAUUGGUUUGAAGUGAUAAAUUCUUUCAUUUUUAUAGAGGAGAAUCUUGGUUCUUGAUCUGGGUUUUGAUUGAUGCAUCUUUGCUGUUAGUGGUUUUCUAAGAAAUUUCCAGUUUUGAAAAGAGACUUUUGGUCUCAUACGGAUGUAAAAAUUUGGAAAAAUGUAGAUUCUUGAAAAGUAAACAAAUUACCAUUCAAA